CGUGUUAAAAGAAUACAAUCAAAAUGUUCCUAUUUUUUCAUAUAAUCUCAUUAUUUUCAUUAGUUUUAAAUCAAAGUGAAUCAGCUCGAAUAUUAGCAGUGUUCCCCGUACCAUCUAUAAGUCACCAAGUAGUGUUUCGUCCUUUAACUGAAGAGCUAGCAAAGAGAGGACAUGAAGUAACAGUUAUAACUACAGAUCCUGCCUUCCCAAAAGGAGAAGCGCCUGCUAACCUAACAGAAAUCGACGUCCAUGACAUUUCUUACGAUCUAUGGAAAAAAAUAUUCAUAGAACCAGCAACAGGAAAGAUGGACGAUGUUGUUCUAACCUUAAAACUAAUAUACGACGCUAUAGCAGCUAUCGCAGAUGCCCAAUUUCAAGACGAAAAUGUUAAAAAAAUAAUUCGUGAUAAGAAUAGGAAAUUCGAUCUCCUGCUUGCUGAAGCUAUUGUGAGGCCUGCCUUAGUAUUCUCUCACAUUUACAAAAUACCUGUGAUACAAAUCAGUUCGUUUGGUGGAGCUUUAGACAAUUAUGAGAAUAUUGGCGCUCCAGUGCAUCCUAUACUUUAUCCAGCUAUUACUAGACAGAGACUUUAUAAUCUCAGUGUACUAGAAAAAGUGACAGAAGUAUACAAUGACUAUCAAAUAACAAGAGUGUAUAGAAAUCUUGAAGAAAUUGAAAAUAAAAUACUCAGGAAACAUUUUGGAGAUGAUGUUCCACCAGUUUCUGAGUUAAAUAAUAAUGUGGAUAUGCUAUUUCUGAAUAUAAAUCCAAUAUUUGAAGGGAUUCGGCCAGUGCCUCCGUCUGUAGUGUAUAUGGGUGGACUGCAUCAAAAACCAAAUAAAGAAUUGCCUAAGGAACUUAAAUCAUAUUUGGAUUCUUCUAAAAACGGUGUGAUUUACGUUAGCUUUGGCACAAACGUGGAUCCAACUCUGCUACCAGCUGACAGGAUCGAAGUUCUAGUGAAGACACUAUCUCAGUUGCCUUACGAUAUUCUAUGGAAAUGGAACGGUGAUGUUCUGCCGGGACGCACGGAUAAUAUUAUUAGGAUAGAAAAAUGGCUGCCACAAUCAGAUCUUUUAAAACAUCCCAAAGUCAAGCUGUUUAUAAAUCAGGCUGGUUUGCAGUCAACAGACGAAGCCAUAUCGGCAGCCAUACCUCUUAUAGCCUUCCCUAUGUUUGGGGACCAAUCAUACAAUGCUGAGAGAUAUGAGUACUUGAAGAUUGGAAAGAAAUUAGAUUUGGAGACGCUUACUGUAGAAAAGUUUACGAAUACAAUCAAGAAUGUUAUUGGGGAUGAAAGUUAUCGCAAGAAUAUAGAAAAACUACGCUAUGUAAUGUACGACCAGCCUCAACCUCCUCUAGAGCGCGCCGUGUGGUGGACGGAGCACGUGCUGCGUCACGGCGGCGCGAGACAUCUGCGUGGACCUGCAGCCAACAUGUCGUGGGCAGAGUACCUCGAACUAGAAUUAGUGUUUACUUUACUAUUAGGACUAUUAACAGUACUUGCAGUAUUAUUUGUAAUUCUCAAUUCUUUGUAUAAACUUACUUUAGAAAAUACUAAUCUUGUAAAAAAACUUAAACAUAGUUGA